AUGCAAGGGGAAGAAAAUACUCCCAAUAAUAGCAACAUAUUUAAUCCAACAAGUAGUGAUACAACAACAUCAACAACGAUAAAUUCAAUUCCAGUAACUCUUCAGCAACAGUCAAUAGAAUUACAGAACAAAACUAUCAUACAACGACAACUUGUUUUACUGUUACAUGCACAUAAAUGUUCACAACGUGAAAAACAAGGUCAGAAUGGUGAACAACGUCAGACCACUUGUAAAUUACCCCACUGUAGCACAAUGAAAAAUGUUUUACAACAUAUGGCAAAAUGUGAAAAUAUCAAAAACUGUACAGUUAAUCAUUGCAUGUCUUCACGUCAGAUAAUUUUACAUUGGAAAAACUGCAGUAAUCAGCAAUGUGCAAUAUGUCAACCAUUAAAGUAUCCAAAAAUAAAUCAGAGCAAAGAAUGGCAACAACAAGUGACGCAAGAUAUGAGAAAUCAUCUGGCAAGAAAAAUUAUUUCAGCAUUAAUUCCUGCUGCAUCUGAGACAAAUUCACUUAAAGAUAAACAAUUCAAUAAUGUAGCAAGCUAUGCUCAAAAAUUAGAAAAUGAUACAUUUGAAAUAGCGAAUAACCAAGAAGAAUAUUUUCAUAAAUUAGCAGAAAAAAUUUAUAAUAUUCAAAAAGAACUUGAAGAUCGAAGAGUAAAAAAACAACAAAUAAUGCAAACAUCAAUUAGCACAUGCACAUCUAUUGAUAAAUCAGCCGGUGAACAUGGACCACCCAAUCGUAUUGCACCACAAUCGGAAAUUCCGUCGUUUACAUCGUCCGUUUCAUCAUCAUCAAAUCAAGCUGGUUUUCUACAACAGAUAAAAACUGAACCGGUAUUAACAUUUAAUAAUAAUAGUGUACGCCCGUUUCAUAACAACAGCAACAAUUAUUCACCGUCUGAUAACAUGAAUAUGAUGACAACGCCAUCGUCAACCACCGACAUGGUAGUUGAUAAUCAAAAUAAUCGACAUCUAAACGAAACAUCAACAUUUUCGAACGAUCCAUUACAGUCAUUACAUGUCAAAAUUGAACCAACAUUGACGGAAGGAUAUUCAAUCAUGACCAUUAAAAAGGAAGAAGAUAAUAGCAACAAUAACUCUAUCACAUCCAAAUUACCUUCACCAUCAAUAAAGUCAGUAGCAGUUACAGACACAACAGAAGAUGUAAAACCAAAGCUACCUCAGAUCGAUUCAACAAGUAAACAAUUACCGAAAUGCCCCGUUCAAUUUACACAAGAAGAAUUGCGCUCAAAACUUGAACCUGUUAUCCAUAAAAUGUUACUAUCUGAAGAUUCACAUCCGUUUAGACAACCGGUUGAUCCCGUAGCACUCAAUAUCCUGGACUAUCCGAACAUCAUUAAACAUCCGAUGGAUAUCUCCACCAUUAAUAACAAAUUAUUGACUGGCGAAUAUCAGAACCCGUUGCAGUUUGUUGAUGAUAUGUGGCUCAUGUUUAAUAAUGCAUGGUUGUACAAUAAAAAGUCGACAAAAAUUCAUAAGAUGGGGUCAAAACUCUCUGAGGUGUUCAUGGAUGCUGUUGAUCCGGUUAUGCAGUCGAUGGGCUAUUGCUGUGGACGACAGUAUGUUUUUCUACCACAAGUGAUGUUCUGUUAUGGAAAUCAGUUGUGUUGUCAAAUACCACGUGAUGGUGUCUAUUACUAUUACAACAAUCCAGAACCAUCAAGAACAAAUCUGUCUGGUGACAAAUAUACGUUUUGUAACAAAUGUUUCGAUGCAGUCAAAGGUGAAAUGAUCUGUGUGGGUGAUGAUCCAGCUCAGCAGUUGACUGAAUUACGAAAAUGUGAUUUUAUACCGGCGAAAAACGAUGCACAAGAACCGGAGAUCAUAGUCGACUGUAUUGUUUGUUCAAGAAGAUGGCAUCAAAUUUGUGCAUUGCAUCUUGAUCAAGUGUGGCCAGAAGGUUUUGUAUGUGAAACGUGUAUUAAAAGUUACAACAUUAAGCGAAAAGAAAACCGGUAUGUGGCACAUAAAUUGACUAUGACUGAUUUGGCUCAUAAAUUAGAACAACGAGUAAAUGAUUUUCUGAAAACGGAAUGUGCCGAUGCUGGACGAGUGACGAUUCGAAUUCUGGCUGCUUCGGACAAGGUGUGUGAGGUGAAACCAAGAUUGAAGAAGUAUUGUCAGAAUCAUGUGCCAGAUGGUUAUCCGUAUCGAACAAAAGCAAUAUUUGCAUUUCAAGAAAUUGAGGGUGUUGAUGUUGUUUUGUUUGGUAUGCAUGUACAAGAAUAUGAUGGAAAAUGUCAAGAGCCGAAUACUAGGCGUGUGUACGUGUCCUAUCUGGAUUCUGUUCACUUUUUUCGUCCAAAGAAAUAUCGUACUGAUGUUUACCAUGAAAUAUUGAUUGGCUAUUUGAAGUAUGCUAAACAACUGGGCUAUGUUUAUGCACAUAUUUGGGCGUGUCCACCGAGUGAAGGAGAUGAUUACAUAUUUCACUGUCAUCCUGCAGAACAGAGAGUGCCGAAACCGAAACGGUUACAAGAAUGGUAUAAAAAGAUGUUAGAUCGAGCUAUUUUAGAGCAUGUUGUGAUUGAUUAUAAGGAUAUAAUGAAAGACUGUACGGAUAACCAAGUUCAAUUAGUAACUAAUAUUCCCUAUUUCGAAGGCGAUUUUUGGUCAAAUAUUAUUGAAGAAAGUAUCAAAGAACUUGAUCAAGAAGAAGAACAACGUAGAAAAAUUGAAGAAGUCGAAGCAGCAAGAGCUUCUGAAGAUUUUUGUUUAGAUGAUCCGAUUGAACCGGAAGACCCGACAGAGAUAUCUGAUAAACGCAAGUUGGCCAAUACGCAUAAGAAGAAAAGUCUAAAGAAAGCAGCUAGUCAACGAAAAACAGCUAAAAAGCAGAUGUCCAAUGUUUCUGAUUUAUUGUUAAAAAUAUUUUCUACAAUGGAAAAACACAAAGAAGCAUUUUUUGUUAUUCGGUUACGUAGUCCACUCGCCACUCAUCCUCCUGUUAACGAUACUGACGCUCUAAUACAGUGUGAUCUGAUGGAUACACGAGAUUCAUUUCUAAAUUUUGCACGUGAUAAACACCACGAAUUUUCAACGUUAAGACGAGCGAAAUUUUCAACAAUGGCUAUUUUGUAUGAACUCCAUUCAUCCACAACGGACAAAUUCACUUAUAAUUGUGAUCAAUGUCGUCAACCGUGCGAUGCUCGAUACCACUGUACGGUAUGCGAAGACUAUGAUUUAUGUUUGAAAUGCUAUCAAACUGUUAAGCACGAACAUAAAAUGGAUCGUUCAGACGACGUUAAUCAUAAUGAAGAACAAAAUAAUGGAAAAUCAGAUGGGAGCGGCGAUAAAUCACCGGCCAAUACUCAGUUACAGCGUCACCAAACUAUGCAACGUUGUAUUGAAGCCAUUUUGCACGCUGUUAAUUGUCGAAAUGCGAAUUGCAUUAAUCGUAGUUGUUUACGUUAUAAACGUAUCAUUCAACACACGAAAGAUUGUAAAAUAAAAAGUGCACCGUGUACUGCAUGUAAACAUAUCAUUUUUGUCUGCUGGUAUCAUGCAAAAAGUUGUAAUGAACAAAAUUGCCAAGUGCCAUUUUGUACAAAUCUGAAAGCAAAAAUUCAAAAACAACGUGCUACAAAUCACCAAAUGGAUCGUCGACGAAUGUAUGCAAUGCGAGCUGAGUCUAAAAUUGAUAUCACUAAUUUCUUAUCUAUUAUAUUUUGUUUUCCAGGAGCUUCUGGACCAUCGCCGUUGAAUCAACAGCAUACUGAUCCGGUUAACACAUUUCAUCAGUCGGUGGGUUCUCCUUGUUCGGGUAAGCCAACGCCCAUGAUUAUUCCAUCAUCGCCGUCCACUAUGAUGUCAAGUAAUCGUCUUCAACCACACGGAGUUCCCAUGCCUGCUCAACAACACGCUUGCAUGAACGGCGGUAAAGGUAAUCCAAUGCCGACGAUGAAUCAGCCGUGGGUACAGCAGUCACCUCGUUCGCAUCCAAUUAAUAUUAAUACAAUCCAAGCAGGCAUGAUGAAUAAUAAUAUGAACAACAAUAAUAAUUCUAUCCGACUUGUAAAUGGAUCAUUGAUGGGACAACCGGGAAACAAUAUGAUGCUAAGAGGUACACCUCAACAACAUCAAUUUAUGUAUUCACACACAGUACCUCCAUCUGUAAACUAUCCGCAGUCGAUGGGCGUGCAAUCUACAGGGAAACCAACGAUGCCUACCACUAUGUUUAUUCCCUCAACUGUAAAUCGUUCACAACAGCAACAAACAAUGCCUCUUACUGCACAACAAAUCGCUUAUAUGAGUCAACAACAGCAACAACGUCUACAACAACAAUCUUCGUCGAACCCUCAUUCUUAUUCAAUGAAUAUGCAUGCACAAAGUGGCAAGCCUACAGCAAUGCUGAACGCAUAUAGUAAUAUACCGAGUACCAUGAUUCGAAACAAUAGUUCAUCUUCCGUUAAUAUGAACAAUAGCGGUUCUCAACAACAGCUGAAUCAGUCAAUGGUCGAUUCAGAAAUGUUAAAUGUGACUAAAAGUAAUACGAUAGAUAUGUCUAGUAUCGAUGAUGAUAGUGUUGAGCUAAGGGCUGAACUUCGUAAUACUCCUACUAUAUCUAAUAAUAGUAUUGACAGUAUAGACAUAAACCAAAACCAACAACAGAUGUUUCAACCGCCCAUACCAUCAUCACGUAGUCGUCCACCACAACAAAUAAAUUACAUAAACACACCAUCCAACCAUUCAUGGAUACAAUCGCCAAAUUCAUAUCCUCAACAAUAUUCAAAUAUGCCACCAGGCUCUGUGCCUCCAUCGUACAAUACUGUUGUAGCUGGACGGAGUUAUUCUCACAUGAUAAAUCAACAGCAAAAUUCAUCCUCUCCAUCACAUCUACAACAGCAGCAAUAUUUAUCGUCUCAAAUUCAGCAGAGACAAGCACGUUUAAUGCCAUCGUAUAUGUCGCAACCUUCGCCUAUGACUAUAGAACAUCAACAACAACCACAAGGUAUUGUAACGCCACCACCACUACCGACAUCUGUGGCACCAAGAUGA